AUGUGGCUCUAAAUCAAACUUGUGUACCAGACUUUGGGCAAAAAAUAAAUGCCGACUGAUCGAGAAAAUGAUUAGAAGUUCCUCACCGAAAACAAUUAUCUUUAUUUAAUUUAACAUUGACCAAAAAAUAUAGGUUAGUGAAAACUUGAUGUAUUAAAAUUUAUUGCAACAUUUAAAAAAAAGUUUUUGUGAUGAAGGCUUUUAUCAGCACAACUAACAGCAGGGAGAUAAAAAAAAACACUAUUACAAAAUGUGUUUAGUGCUUUUUCUGUGAAAAGAUGAAACAUGAGUGAUAUGUUCAUGAUUUCCUGCUGCAACGUCCUGUUCACUUCCUGUUGAAACAUGAUUGGUGCAAACACAAACUGUAAGGACUUCUUACAUUCUGCAUCAAAAGCUUAAUGCUGCUUCCAGUUGUUUUCUUCCAUAGAAAUCUUUCAACAUGCCAGAGAACUUGGACUUUACAACAACCAUACGAUACAACAUAUGUGAGUGCGAUCAGACUACAGUUACCUUUAGACAUCUUAAUGAUGCUCUUUCACUGCAGAAUGAAGAAGCUCCGACUCAAAAGCGUCGAGCAACUGUUCAAAGAAACUCGUACAAGGCUGGCACACUAACUCUGGGUCUGCUUUGCCUCCUGUUGUUGGUGGGGAUUAGUGUGCUGCUCGUAUUAUAUCUAUCGGUUAAUUUGAAUGCAGAACAACCCUGUUGGCCAUGUCAACAAAGGCAGAACCAGAGCAACAUAGAAUGGCAGGAGUUUCGUGUGUCACAUUUUUACUACGCGUCUGCCGAGAAGAAAAACUGGACAGAGAGCAGGAAAGACUGUCAGAGCAAAGGAGGAGAUCUGGUGGUAAUAAACAGCAAAGACAAACAGGAGUUUGUCAAAAUCAUGAAGAUACAUGGAGAUUCCUGGAUCGGUCUUCAGACAAGGGAAGGCCCAGACUGGAAAAUGAAGUGGCAGUGGGUAGAUGGAUCAGAACUAAAAUAUACCUUGUGGGAACAAGGAGUAAUGAGCCUGCCAGAGGCUGAGUCCAAAGCAUACAUCAAUCAGCGGGGAUCGUGGAUGCACAACAACACUGGAUUAAAACACUGGAUCUGUGAGAGGAGAAAGUUGGGAACCUUGCAUGAUAACAUGUAAACUGUGCGACGUAACAGAUUUGACUGUCCAAGAAAUUUCUGUCUGCAGAAGCCAAUGUGUUUUAUAUCUACCAAAUAAAGCCAAACAUAUACAA